AUGUAUCUUGAUUAUGAUUUAGUAUUGAAGGAUUGGUUGACCAAAGGCAUCAUUGAGCGAGUGACAGAUGAAAACAUUUUACAGCCAUUGAAAAGUCACUAUUUACCACACCGGGCUGUUGUCAAGGAGGGAAGCACCACGAGGAUCAGACCUGUCUUUGACGCUUCCGCUAAAGACAUAAAUGGAUAUUCUGUUAAUGGAUGUCUUGAGUCUGGACCUAACUUGAUAGAGUUAAUACCUAAGGUACUGACUAAUUUUAGGUUACAUGCAUUUGCUUUAACGGCAGAUAUUGAAAAGGCUUUUCUACAAAUUAGAAUUGACCAUGAUGAUCGAGACAUGUUACGAUUUUUGUGGUGGGAAGACAAUCAUGUGAUCGUUUACCGCCAUGCUAGAGUUGUCUUCGGUUUGUCGUGUAGUCCUUUUCUUUUGGGAGCAGUAUUAAAUAAUCUUCUGGAAAACGCUCCUACCAAUCUUAGGCAUGUAGCCAAGGCUUUGCUAAAAACUUUUUAUGUUGACAAUUGCCUUACGGGAGUGAACAGUAUUUCUGAGCAAGAGAAUUUUAUAAAUGAUGCUCAAACACUUUUAAAGCUAGAAGGCUUUAACCUAAGGGGUUGGGUUGGUAACGGUUACUUUAAAACUCCUGACCAAGUUGAGAACGUCUUGGGACUUAGAUGGUUAUGCUCUAAAGAUGAACUGUACUGUAAUAUUCAACCUUUGAAUAUCAAAGACUCAGUACUUACCAGAAGGACAUUCCUAUCAUGUGCUCAAAAGGUUUUCGAUCCUAUUGGUUUUACUGCUCCGGUUGGACUGAUUCCCAAAAUUAUUUUGAAAACGACUUGGACGUUGAAGGUAGGUUGGGAUGAAGAACUACCUCAAAACCUACAGGUACAGUUUCAAAAAUGGGUCGAGGAACUUGGCUGUCUGAAAAUGUGCGUACUGAGUAGGAGAAUAUUUUUGAAUGCUUCAAGUACAGUACAUGUUUUUUGUGAUGCCAGUAAAGCUGCUUUUGGAUGUUGUAUAUUCUUAAGAUCCGAAGUAGAUGGUAUCAUUGACAUAAAUCUUAUAUUAGCCAAAUCACGAGUUGCACCAAUCAAACCAAUUACUUUACCUCGUCUUGAGUUAAUGGGUGCAAUUACUGGUGUGAGACUCUCAUGUCUAGCUUUACAGUGUCUCAACAACCCCAAAGUCCCAGUUUAUUAUUGGCUGGACUCCACCGUAGUUCUAGCAUGGAUUGCAAAGCAAGGGAAGUGGUCUGUUUUUGUUGAAAACCGAGUGAAAGAAAUUAACAGAUUGACCCAUACAACGACUGUACCCACUGGAAGUUACCGGAGAAGGACUGAAUAA